AUUGUUUAACAAAAAGUCCGUCGUUCUAGAACACAUAUAAUAUAACGAAUCAACCACCACCGGAGGCCGAGAAGAAGGUGAGAGAGACCGAAAGGAAACCAAGCAAGGGAAGAAACAGCAAUGAAUCCUAUAUUAUGGCAAAAAGUAGCUGCAGUCUCUGGAAUGGCAGCUCUUGGGUUGGGCGCAUACGGUGCCCAUGGCUUUAAACCCCAAAACCCAGUUUACAAAGAGGUUUGGCAAACGGCUUCUCUGUACCAUUUGGUUCACACAGCAGCUCUGCUUGCUGCCCCUCUCACAAAAAACCCCAAUAUUUUUGGAGGCCUUUUAACUACCGGUAUACUCGCAUUCUCGGGGACGUGUUAUACUGUGGCAUUACUCGAAGAUAGGAAGUACAAUAGGUUGGCUCCUUUUGGUGGCGUUGCUUUCAUCGCUGCUUGGGCUAGCUUACUAUUCUAAGAACUCCAGCUUCUCCUAGUCCCUGUACAACACAAUGUCAUCUACUUAUCUUAGUGAACACAUUGUGCUUUUUUACUGAAUUUGAAACCAUAAAUGUCAAUUCCCAGUUUAUGUUAAAUUGAUGACCGUGUGCUCUUUAAGUGUUAUUCGCUUCUGUCACUACAGGUAGUCAAUUAGUCUUGUGUUACAAACUUGUAGAAUUCUUUUCAA